GCUGGUGGAGGGAGUCAGCAGUGCCAGUCAGGUUGUGAGCGUUGCGCUGCCACCACCGUCCACCACCAUCUCGCUCGCGCCUCGCUCCUCGGUGUUGUGAGAGCCUUGCGUCCUCGCCUUCCACAGCUCCGCUUCUCGGCGUCCCUUGGCCUUGCCGCCAGCGGGCACCGGCAGGUCUUGAGCUGAGCCUCGGUGGUGUGGGUGACCAGUCAUGUCAUCCACAUUGUUCCCGCCGUCGUCCGCUCCGUCUCCAUCUGUGGGGGCGGUGUCCUCGGGCGUGCCCACGGGACUAAAGGCUCUGGCUCAGACUCUUCCCGUGCUCAAGGUGCCCAACGUGACCGACAAGGAGGAGGAUUCCGUGGAGGCACAGUACAACGGUGGAAUAGUGAACGGGAACGAAGAACUGGCCACGGUUCCUGCCAACACUCGAAUCCCUUCCGUCAUCGUGGACGUGGUCAGCAUGUGUUUCCAGUAUGACAAUUGCACCACUAAUGGGACGGAGAUCGCGGCAAAGAACUGUACCGUGAAUUGUACCUCGGAAGACCCUUACGACACGGAGAGGAACUACUGGACUCUGCUGCUACUGCUGUUCCCAGUCUUCACCGUGUUUGGCAACAUUCUGGUGCUCAUGUCCGUAUACAAGGAGCGUUCGCUGCAGACCGUCACCAACUACUUCAUAGUGUCUCUGGCGGUAGCUGACCUUCUCCUCGCCUCCUUCGUCAUGCCCUUCGCCGUCUACUAUCUGUUGUGCGGCUACUGGGGCCUGGGACCCUUCGUGUGUGAUGUGUACGUGGCCAUGGACGUGGUGUGCUCUACAUCGUCUAUCUUCAACCUAGUGGCCAUCAGCAUAGACAGAUACAUCGCCGUGACGCAGCCCAUCGCCUACUCCCAGUCUAAGAACAACAGACGCAUAGUUUUCACCAUCGCUAUCAUCUGGGUGGUGUCGACGGCCAUUGGAAUCCCGCUGUUCUUCGUCAACCAGUGGAACGCGUCCAAGAGAUCCGCAGACCCAGAGCCGGAGUGCGCCUUCCUCAAUGCAGACUUCAUCAUCUACUCGUCUAUAUCCUCGUUCUACAUUCCCUGCAUCGCUAUGAUCUACCUCUACUGCAGGAUAUUCAAGGCUUUAAAAGAGCGAGCCCGCAAAAAGAAGCCGAAAGUGAGCGAAAUCAAGGCGGGGAGCGUGAUAGAAAACGUGACCCAGACGAGGAUGUUAGAGACAGCACUGAGUUCGGAGGCGUCCCAUGCACCGCCUGCCCCAGCCAAAGGCCUGCCGCCGCCGCUCAUCGAGGAGGACAGGAACACCAACAACACAAGCAACAGUCAGGACGAAGAUGAGGAUGAGGUGGACGAGGCGGGAGUGGUUCUGACGGGCGCCGAGAACUGCCACAUCAUCAAGAACCCGAGGCCGGAAGAGCUAAACCUUGGCACUGUCAGGGAAGAAGAGUCGAUGGAGAGAGGAGGGGCGACAGCCGCUGUACAAUCCACGAGGAAUGGAGCGGCGGAGGUGGUGCGGGGAGCGGAGGGGCGGGGUGCGGUACAGCCUGACCCCUCGCCAAGAAAGGCUCUUCUCGUAAAGCAGAAGAAAGUGAAGAUCCAGUCUAAGAGGAACGGCGCGGCGGGCGGAAGGGCGCUGGAGGGCGGAGAGCUCAUGGAGAAAAAAGACAAGAAAGCGUCUUCAGCUCGCUUCACCAUUUACAAGGUGAACAAAGCCAGCAAGAAGAAGAGGGAGAAAUCGUCCGCCAAAAAGGAAAGGAAAGCGACGAAGACCCUUGCCAUCGUUCUGGGGGCUUUCCUGGUAUGCUGGGUCCCAUUUUUCACCUGCAACAUCGUGGACGCCAUCAGCAAGAAGACGAACAUCAAAAGCCUCGAACCCAGCGUGACUCUGUUUUGGCUGACCACCUGGAUCGGCUACAUGAACUCCUUCCUCAACCCCGUCAUCUACACAAUCUUCAACCCGGAGUUCAGAAAAGCCUUCAAAAAGAUCCUCGUGUGUCAGAGCUAGCCGGGGACAUGCCACUUCCUCCUUAUCAGAAUUAUUUUUAUCCCAUUUUAAAGUUUUGCCGCGUAGGUCACAAAAUAUGGUAGAUAAAAUGAACCUUCUUUUUUCGUAUGUAAUUAUAACAAAAAAACGGACCAGGAUGUUGUGUUUCUCUGUAGUUCUCAGUGUUAAGCUAAUAUCUAAGGUCAAGUGUUCGUGUGAGAGAAGGCACGAGGCGGUCUGUAUCUGUGUCCCGUUCUCUGAGUCUGUUGUCUGUGGCGUUCUGUGGUGCAGGGAGAAAUAAACACGCCCACACACACACACACACACACACACACACACACACACACACACACACACACACACACACACAUACACACACACCUCUUAAUUUCCAGUAAUGCCAUGAAGUGAAAAAAAAAUUACAGUUAAUAAAAUAACCAACCUUUACCACCAAACAUUUCGUGGAGUUCAACAGAGACAGGGAAAGGGGGCGGGGAAAUAAUGGAUGGUGAAAUACGCAUGAAUGGAAACAAGGUAGUAGUGCAUUUGUUUCAAAGAGAGAGUUCUGAAGUGUUUUGUCUUUUAGGUGUUCAAUGUACAUAGUUUACGAAGAUCAUACAGUAUUACAAAGCCUGGGACACAAAUUUACGACACUACACAGCUUUCACACCCUCGCCCACAGCACCACCAGUACAGACUCCACCGACAACAGACUGACUCCUCUCCCAAUACCAAGAGCUUGCGUAUAACCGGUCCAAAGCGUGUGGUCCAUGUACAUAUAACCUGUCUCAUCCGUUGCUUGGCUUAGCUCAUAGAAUGACACAAAUGCAGUUGUUGUUAUUGUUGCUAUACUCUGCUAGACUAAGCCAGGGUGCUGCAUACGUCUCUUCCAAAAAAGCAACGCCAGCCAUGGCUUGUCACCCAUCGAACACCAAAGCAGAGUCCCGCGUAUGGAAUGGCCUCUCACUUUCCAGAAACACCAGAAAAUUAACGAAAAAAAAAGUUCCCAAGUGUGAUACUACAGACUGAAGUGAGGUUGCUGCCGCACCGUGCCCGCCAGCCCGGCGUGAGCCCACCGACUCAUUGCGGGUCCGCGGCGUCGGGAGCCGGGCGUCGCCGGACCCCGCCGGGGAGCAAGGUCCACCUGCAACCUCCGCCUGACACUUGCCUCUCAUUCACCAAGAUAGACUUUCUCCAAAAUCUCGGCAACUAAUUGGUUCAGUUUAUGUUUUGGAAUGCGUACUGGUGUGGUACGUUUCCAGCGUGUACGGUACUUGUUCAGCGUAACACUGCUGCAGUGUGUCCCCGCCACUGAUACAAGGCGAUGAUUUGUGUUUUUAUUUCAGCCAUCAUGAUUGUUUUCCCCGCAAAAGGAGUUUUACGUUGGCGUUUCCAUAAUUCUUCGACCACAACUGUCGUCCCUGUACGUUAAGAGUUGCCGCCUCUGCAGCAGCCGUGCCUCCUUGCCCUGCCGGCAGCCGCUGAUGAGCAUCACAGUCCAGCUUCCAGACACACGGUAGGGCCCACGCCACGCCCGCUGGCUUAAGCCCAUCUUGCCCCUACAUUUAACCAAAAGUCGCAUUCUUACACUUCAUAUAAAUAUAUAUUAUUUUUUCGAGUCACAAGGCUUCCCAGCUCCUGCUACAUGACAAACAGGCCUGAUGGCCUCUCAGACUAAUCCCACCGGCUGUAACAACAGUUCACUUACGGACUGGCCUUCCAGUCCACCAAGCUGUCCCCGCAGCCCCAGCACUCACAGCCUCCAGGCCGCCCCACAGCCUGCCACACAGACAUCAUCAUCACUCACAAAGGUGCUUGCUGUAUGGAUGUUAUGUAGAAUCUAUAGUUUUUUUUAAUAUAUAAAUAAAUAAACAAAUAUAUAUAUAACCUUUUUUGUUUCUGCCGGAAGAUUAAAUUUUAUAUUUACUACAGAUAUGUAUAGUGAUACUUUAUAUCGCCACAUAAUAUAUAAUUAUAUAUAAAUAUAAAUAUAUAUAUAAAUAUAUACAUAAACGUAUAUAUGUAGUCUAACCAGUGUGCCGAAUCCUCUCCGCCAACGGCCCGCGCCGCGCCCAGGCCACCUGCCGGCACUGAGGACACGGACACACGCAAACCCAACCCAAAAAAACAAUAAAUGCAUAAAUAAAUACAAAAUCUGGGCCCUAGAAUAUGUACAUAAUAUAUUUACUGUAACUAUCUCUGUGUACAAAUGUAAUAUGGAGUGUACAUAGGAGUGUGUACGUAGAUGUACCGGCGAGUGACCGUGAUAACCCCAUUACUUAGUGUCCGUGCUUAGUCUCCUUCCGCCCUGUGUACCGUGUGUACCGUGUGUGUGUACCCUCCCUCACUGGUGAAUAAACGGAACGCCUGUA